AUGGAGGAGGAAAAGGUGUGGAUGGCGUCCUACAACCUUGAAGAUGGGGCGCAGCUGUGGUACAUGCAGAUCCAAAUGGACAUGGGUACUCCAUCAUGGCGCCACUUCAAGGAGUUGCUGAACCUCCGCUACGGGCCACCUCUGCGCUCCGCGCCCUUGGCCGAGCUCGCCGAGUGUCGCCGCACCCGCACAGUGGCCGACUACAUGGACCGCUUUCAGGCGCUCCUCGCCCGCGCGGGUCCCCUCUUGGAGGAACAAUGCGUUCAGCUGUUCACCGGGGGCCUCAUGCCGCCGCUCAGCCUCGACGUCCGCAUCCAGAACCCGCAAACCCUAGACGCUGCCAUGAUACACCGCGCCGGCGCCCAAGGCCGCGACCAGACCUGUCUUGCCGGCGCCAGCCCCGCGUCCUGCACCGCCGCGCUGCCAGUGCCGCCGGGGCCGAAGCCGGCCCUCCCAGUUGAAGGCCGCCCCAUCAAGCGCCUCACCCAGGCGGAACAAGAGGAGCGACGUCGCCUCAGGCUCUGUUACAACUACGAUGAGAAGUUCACCCGUGGCCACAACCACGUCUGCAAGUGGUUGUUCCUCCUCGAAGGCGUUGAAGAGGAAGAUGACGCCGCCCUUCCGGAGCGUGCCGAGGCCGCAGACCAGGAGGAGGCACCCAUGUUCUCCUUGCAGGCCCUCGCCGGGGUCGCGUUCACCGACACGAUGCAGAUCAUGGUCGGCCUCGACGCGGCAUCCCUCGUCGCCCUCCUGGACUCCGGCAGCACCCAGAAUUUCAUCUCGGAGGCUGCGACGCACCGCUCUGGGCUACCUAUCCAUCGCCGCGCGCGCCUCACGGCCAUGUGCCUGGGCGUCAUCCGCGGCGCACCGUUGAAGAUCGGCGGUGACUCCUUCCCGGCGGACCUCUACGUGAUGCCGCUCGCGGGCUAUGACAUCAUAAUCGGCACUCGCUGGCUCGCCACCCUCAGGCCGAUCGUUUGGGACUUCAACAACCACGCCAUCUCCUUCACGCACAAGGGCCGUGGCCUCUGCUCGCAGGGUCUGGCCGGCCCGCGCACUUCGGCGGUGAGCGCGACCACGGCCAGCAGCUCGCUUCUGGAGGAGCUCCUGGACAGCUUCAGCGAUGUCUUCGGCGAACCCCAGGGUCUACCACAGCCACACAGUCGGGACCACGCCAUUACCUUGGUUCCGGGCUCGCCGCCGGUGGGAAAGACGGACGGGUCCUGGCGCUUCUGCGUCGACUACCGUGCGCUCAAUGCCAUCACCGUCAAGGACUCCUUCCCUAUUCCGGUCAUCGACGAGCUACUGGACGAGCUCCAUGGCACCCAAUUCUUCACCAAGCUGGACCUACGAUCUGGGUAUCACCAGGUCCUCAUGAAGCCCGAGGACAUCGACAAAACCGCGUUCCGCACCCACGACGGCUUCUACGAGUUCUUGGUGAUGCCGUUCGGGCUCUGCAACGCGCCUGUGACGUUCCAGGCCUUGAUGAACGACAUGCUGCGUGCCUACCUCCGAUGGUUCGUGCUUGUUUUCUUUGACGACAUCUUGAUCUGCAGCUCGUCUUGGGCGGAUCACUUGCGCCACAUCCGCGUCGCCAUGGAAGUUCUGCGACAACACCGCCUCUUCGUCAAGCGCUCUAAGUGCUCCUUCGGCGUCAACUCCGUCUCCUACCUCGGCCACAUCAUCUCAGCUGAGGGCGUCGCCAUGGACCCGGCCAAGGUGCAGGCCAUCCAUGAUUGGCCUAUACCACAUUCGCUGCGUGCAGUGCGGGGGUUCCUCGGCUUGGCGGGCUACUACAGGAAGUUCGUCCACAACUACGGCGCCAUCGCAGCCCCCCUCACCGCGCUCCUGAAAAAGGAGGGGUUCACGUGGAACGACGAUGCCGCGGCGGCCUUCAGCGCCCUCAAGGCAGCCGUGACAUCUGCGCCGGUGUUGGCCCUGCCGGACUUCGCCAAGCCCUUCGUGGUUGUGACGCGUCUACCCACGGCUUCGGCUCUUGACCCGGCUCUGGUCGCCAUCCACGACGAGGUCCGCGCAGGCACGCGCGCCGCGCCAUGGGUGGUGGUCGAUGGCAUGGUCACCUAUGAUGGGCGACUAUACAUCCCACCAUCCUCGCCACUACUCCAGGAGAUCAUGGCGGUUGUCCAUGAUGAUGGGCACGAGGGCGUCCACCGCAUGCUUCAUCAUCUCCACCGCGACUUUCACUUUCCCAAUAUGCGUCGUUUGGUGCAGGACUUCGUGCGGGCAUGCCCUACUUGUCAGCGGUACAAGUCGGAGCACCUUCAUCCAGUGGGACUGCUCAUGCCGCUUCCCAUACCUACGGCUGUUUGGGCGGACAUCGGCCUCGACUUCGUGGAGGCGCUGCCACCGGUGAACGGGAAGUCUGUCAUCCUCUCCGUUGUCGACCGCUUCAGCAAGUACUGCCACUUCAUCCCCCUGGCGCACCCGUACACUGCUGAGACCAUGGCGCAGGCCUUGUUCGCCGACAUCGUUCGGCUCCAUGGCGUUCCACAGUCCAUGAUGUCGGACCGCGACCCGGUGUUCACCUCGACGUUCUGGCGCGAGCUGAUGCGGCUCAUGGGUACCAAGCUGCACAUGUCCUCGGCCUUCCACCUGUAG